AUGGCCGAGGUAAAGCUCCUGCACUCCGCGUGGGACGUUGACCGCCACAUUGUCCUGGAGGGAGAAAAACUUGUGUUGAUUCGCUUCAGCCAUUACGAUUCACCACCGCAGCCGCUGUCGGCUGGAGGCGAUCCCAGCGGUGGGGGGCCGAUGGUGCACUUCACCGCCACGCGGCAGAUGGACGAGGUGCUUAGCGCCCUUGCCCCCAAGGUGCGCAAGUACUGUGUCAUGUACGCCGUGUCGACAGCGGAGGUGCCGGAGUUUAAUGUGAUGUACGAACUGGGCCACGACCGGGAACCCUUUGCUGUGAUGUUCUUUUUCCGCAACACACACAUUCGCGUCGACGUGGGCACGGGUAACAAUAACAAGAUCAACUUUUUCAUUGAGGCGGAGGAUUUGCUGCCCAUCAUUGACGCCGCGUACCGAGCCGGUAGGAGCGGGAAGACUAUCACCAGCUCAGAGAAGAAGUUCACGACAGCCGCGGUGCGUCGGUGA